AUGCUUCAAACGACCACGGAGAACCUCCCAAAAAUGCGUAUGCCAGGGGCAUUCAGUACACAGAACGUGACCCUGCCACGGACCGUACGAGAUGCGAUGGCUCUGGUUAAGGACCUGGGGUAUCGGUUCCUAUGGGUGGAUGCAUUAUGCAUUGUUCAAGACGCCCCAAACAAGAGUGAUCAAAUACAAGUGAUGAACUUGAUAUACAGGCGAGCCAGGUUGACCAUUGUGGCGAUGGUGGGCGAGAACGCUGACAGUGGUCUCCCAGGCAUCAUGCAGGGAACUCAUAUUGGGCCCCCAACUGCGGUAAUUGAUGGAUACACGUUGCAAGCCGGGCCACCAUCUUUCGAAUUCGAGUUGAAGAGAUCGCUUCAUUCCACCCGUGGCUGGACCUAUCAAGAAGUUCUCCUUUCUCCCAGAUGUCUAUUUAUCUCGCGGUAUCAGGUUUACUUCCGCUGCACCAACGGAGUCUCGGUUCAGUUUACAGAUCCCUACUCACUUAACCCGAUUACUACCCUGGUAUGGCCUACUUCAGUCAGGUCUGAGGAUGCUGAAAUACUCAUUGAAGGCUAUGAGCGAUACGUGGAGGUUUACACGCGCCGACAGUUGACAUAUGACAAUGAUAUCCUCAAUGCCUUUACCGCCAUCCUACAGGAGUUGUCGCUCAUAUUCUCAGUUACAUUCCAUGAUGCGAUUCCCAAUCUGAAUAUCGUGCGCGCUCUGCUUUGGUGCCCAACUUGUGAAACUUCUCCCGAAAGGCGUUCCUCCGUCACCAACCCAUGUGCUGACUCUACUCCUUAUUUCCCGAGCUGGUCAUGGCUAGGGUGGAAGGGGCCGGUCACCUAUUAUAUCGCAAACUUUGGGAAGUUACGGAAUGAGACAUGUAUGCGUGGCCUCCUACCCCAGGCAUCGCUUUUUUGGAAGCCAGCCAUGUCAACAGCGUUCCAGAAAAUAGAGACCUCCGACACCAAAACAAUCAAACGGGAGGAAAAGGAAGUGAGAUGCGGCCGUUACAAUUGCCAGACCACACUAGUGGGCACGGGCAGGACUCCACACAUAAAGGUCGAAGAUGUACCCUAUAGGAACCUCGCGGAGAGAAGCCCAAAUGAACACCUCAUGGGACCUGGAAGCCCGCAACACCUUCCAGAAAAGUUCAUUAAUCUAUCGAUUCUCCAAUUCCGUGCUUCCACAGUCAUGGCCCGAGGCUACUACUUUGGAGAGUGUCAAUAUAAAUCUUGGAUGACUGAUAAAUGCAACGAGAUGGACGUCUUACCGAUCUACGACAUUCAGAGACGGCAGUGCGGUGGCUUUUUCAAUCCUGCGAUUCCCACCCUUACGUCUGACGAGUCCCAGCAAUUUGCUAUCAUAGCUAUGAGUGUUUCCCCUGCAGUGUGCCUUCCUUAUAAGGAACUUAUUGACAGGUCCUAUGGCUUUAUGGGUAUCGAUGAAGAAAAGUGCAUGUGCAUCCUACAUGUCAUGUUAGUCAGGUUUCAUGGGGAGGUAGCAGAGCGUGUCGCGACAGGCAUGAUGCAUCCUAGAGCCUGGAAGGAUGCAGAGCCAGGUCCAGAAUAUAGACUUAUCAAUCUGGCGUGA